CAUUUCGCAUUGUACCUCCCAUGAUGCACCGCUGCUGUCACAACAACAACUCCAUUUCAGAAUCAGGGGGGCCGAAACUCCCACCAAGGAUUUAAGUCAACCUGUUGGAUGAGACAGACUCGCCGCUUUUAUUCAUUCAGAAGAACACCUCUUACCUCUUCUCUAUCGUCAAACGGCUUAGUUGUUAUCUUCCGAUGCGUUUUAUUCGGUUGUCGCGAGUGAGCUUUUCCAGCUUGGGCCCGGGCUGAAGUGUCAAAAGUGUUGAACGGAUUUUCCUGCUAACUGCUAGUCGGCUAGCUGAGUGUAAACAUCAAGGAUGAAGCGUAUUAAAGGAGGAGAGGAGGAGAGCAAAAGCUCCACCAGUAAGAGCCCCACUGAGGCCUGCAAGAAGGUGCGGAAGCAGACGGACGAGGAGUCGGAGGCAGCGGAGGUCGGAGAGUUUUCGGGGAUUGACUGGGCCCGCUUGCCUCAGGAACUCCUGCUCCACCUCUUUCAGUACCUUCCCCUGCUGGACCGGGCCUAUGCCUCUCAGGUGUGCCGCAGGUGGAACCAGGCUUUCCACAUGCCGGAGCUGUGGAGAUGCUUUGAGUUUGAGCUCAACCAGCCAGCCAGCUCUUACCUGAAAGCCACACAUCCAGACCUCAUCAAGCAGAUCAUAAAAAGGCACUCCAACCACCUGCAGUAUGUCAGCUUCAAGGUGGACAGCAGUACAGAGUCUGCAGAAGCAGCAUGUGACAUCCUCUCACAGUUGGUGAAUUGUUCACUAAAGACCUUGGGGCUCAUCUCUACAGCCAGGCCCAGUUUCAUGGAGGUUCCAAAGUCUCAUUUCAUCUCAGCUCUGACGGUGGUGUUUGUCAACUCCAAAUCGCUGUCCUCGCUGAAGAUUGACGACACGCCGGUGGAUGAUCCGUCUCUGAAGGUGUUGGUGGCAAACAACAGCGACACGCUGAAGCUACUGAAGAUGAGCAGCUGUCCUCACGUCUCCCCCGCAGGCAUCCUGUGUGUGGCAGACCAGUGCCACAGCCUCAGAGAGCUGGCACUGAACUACCACCUCCUGAGUGACGACCUGCUGCUGGCUCUCUCCUCGGAAAAACACGUCCACCUGGAACACUUGCGGAUCGACGUGGUGAGUGAGAACCCCGGCCAGCACUUCCACACCAUCAAGAAGAGCAGCUGGGACGCCAUGGUGCGCCACUCGCCCAAAUUCAACCUGGUCAUGUACUUCUUUCUCUACGAGGACGAGUUCGGCCCCUUCUUUAACGAGGAGAUCCCGGUCACGCACCUCUACUUCGGCCGCUCCGUCAGUAAGGAGGUGUUGGGCCGCGUGGGCCUGCACUGCCCCCGCCUGGUGGAGCUGGUGGUGUGCGCCAACGGCCUGCGUCCUCUGGAUGAGGAGCUGAUCCGCAUCGCUAAGCACUGCACCCAGCUGUCCGCCAUCGGGCUGGGCGAGUGCGAGGUCUCCUGCAGUGCGUUCGUGGAGUUCGUCAAGAUGUGUGGCAGGAGGCUCUCCCAGCUGUCCAUCAUGGAGGAGGUGCUGAUCCCAGAUCACAAAUACUCCCUGGAUGAGAUCCACUGGGAGGUUUCUAAGCACCUGGGCAGGGUCUGGUUCCCCGACACGAUGCCCAUCUGGUAAAGAGAAGCCGAAGAGGCACGUCUAGUUUGUGGUGGCCUCCAUGUUUGCAUAGAAAAGCCUUUAAAUGCUCAGCUGUAGUGGAAUGUGUGGUGCCAACAUGGAGAGCGUGAACUGAACUCUGGUCUGGAUGUGAUGUAAUUGCUACACAAUGUUUUCAUGCCAUGCAAACAACCCCAAACAUCUCUGCCUGUUAGCUUUACUAUAGACUGUGGAACCCCGCUUUGCCUAAUCUGGAGACGGGACUCGCCAGGCGACUUCUUUAUAUUAAACAAACGGCACACAGAACAGAGCAGGUGGAAAUAUCCCACUAGAAAAACAAUGUUCCUGUAACUAUACAUGUAGUUAUACGGACAUUGUUGACUUAUUAUGAUGAGAGAUGUGUGUUUGUGUAUGUAUGCAUAUGUGAGUGUGUGUUUUUAUUGUUUUUUUUAACAUUGUGGAUUCAUUUGGGAAGAUCAGGUUCACAAUUGCUUGUUGUUACACUACCGCUUGGCCUACUUUAAUCCAGUCCAGCAGCUUGGCACUAUUAACAAGAUAUCCCGUCUCCAAAUGGCUGCAAUGUUAUGUGCACAGUGUGUGAGAAAUGGUGUUUUGUCUCAUGUAUGAGAGGGUUUAGUCUAUUUGCACAGUUAUUAAGAGACAUAUACCAACAAUAGAAAACACUAAGUUCAGUGCAGGAGAGUCCUCCCCGUUGAUACAGAAUGACAUUAAUACUCAUCAGAGACAAAACAGAAUACAGCACAACACAAUCUAUACUCAAAAGAAAGCAUAAACGUAGCAAAAGAAAAGCAGACCUAGGAUAAAUAGAUAUGUGCAACCAACAGAAGAAUAUUGCUAUAUGUUUAAGAUGAAGUGAGAAAUGUAUAACUGCCCUACAGCUGGUGAGGACGAUAACGGUUUCAGUUUCAAGGGGAAGGAUUCACAUGGUAUUUAAGCAGAAGAAAUACAAUUAUUAAGAGUAGCAGUUUUGUGCUUUCCCUCCUCGCUUGAUCUUCAUAAUAACACACGAUGAUUAAAACAGUUAAACGUUGACUAAGGGAGAAGUGAAAUGUGUAUAUAGGUCUAUUUUUGUAACGUGAAGGUGUGCAGUAUUGAUUAUUGUCAUGGAUUUUGUUGUUUUCUCUAAAGUAUGUUGAUGUUUGUUGUUUUUUUCUGCUACAUGCAUACAUUGGCUUGACGAAUUAUUUUCCCAAGUUUUGUUUUAAAGAAGGUCUCUGCACAGUCUUACAUUUCCCUGAGCACUUUACGUGAAUACCAAAUGAAUGUUAUUUUGUCCUUUUGAAAGCACAGAAACAGUAUUUUAUAAAGCCCUCAUUUUGUAGUUCGACCCAGAUUGUAAUGAUAAUUCACAGUGUACUGAGUCAGUGCAGUAUAGUGAUGUUAACAAGCUAUAAUUACUAAGUAAGAACAGUUAAAUCUACUUUAAUAACCUGCACAGAAAUGUCUGAAUUUGGAGGUUGAAAUUGCUGCUUCGUAAAUAUUUUUGUAGACAUGCAGGUAUUGGCUUACAAUGCAUGCUGGGAAUGCAUAUAUAUUUCCUAAAUAGGUUUCAUUUUUAUCUUCGACUAUGUGCCUGCCGCCUGGCCAUGUCUAAACAUAGCUCUAUGUUGUGGAUAUCUGCCCUCCUGUUAGCUAACGUUAGCUCUGUAUCGUGUAUCGUAACGAUAUAGAGAAAGACGUCUUAGCAGAUAAACAUCAGAAAGCUAAUGUGCUAAUGUCAAUAGCAUGCGAUUCUUUAUACUUUGGAGAGUCAGAAGAGUGAAACUAACUUUGUUUUCCUUUAAGAAGGAAGUCAAAUGCAUCUGUAAAUAACGCUGUGUGUUUUAUUAGGAGUAGAAAAGCUAUUAUUUCUUUAUCUCGCCCUCUGUCGGGUUUUCUUAACCAUCGGCUCGUGUCUUUUAUAAAACCAGAGCGCGUGUUGUCCUUUUUUUUGAUGGAUUAUUUCAUGCUGUUCUCACUAGAAAAGAUAAGCUGUAAUUUAUUGAUAUGGAAACUGCUUUUGUAAUUAAUUUGUGUUUUUAUGUUGAACAAAAGAAGCAACCUUUAUAACCAGCAAGCAGACCAGCAGAUUUUAUUUUACACCUCCACCUCUGUCAACAUGUGGUUGUUGUUCAAAAGUUUUAAUUUACUACGACAAGCUUUGAAUGAUUCCUCAACACACUUUAACAAAGGAAUGUCCUGUGUCUAAUACAUUAUUAUACGAAAGCACAACAAACCCAAAGAAAUGGCUCUACGUCCGAUUUAAUUUAUAAAAAGUGAUACUAACUUGCAUUGUUGUUUUUCAGUCACUUGUUCCAAAUGUAGCAUUAUCUUAAGGCAAUACAAACAAAUAACUUAAUUUUAAUGAUUUAAUUCAUUAAAACACUAUAUAAUUGAACAUUCUUACACACUUCAUUUUAAAAGACUAAAUAAAGUAUACAGAUCUGCAAGAAAAAACAAGAAAUUGCUAUCAGUCAAAUCAUUAAGUGUGAUAAGGGAUUUCACUGGAAGACAUCAUUAAAAAAGUAACAGAAGUGGAAAAGCUUUUGCACAACAUGAAUAACCCCGGUUUGGAUUUUUUAAAUUGUAUUUGUUGUUUUUUCUGCCAGACUGCAUUCCUUUUAUCUAUUUCUUUUUGACAUGCCAUGUACCUAAACAGUGGACUCAUACUGAGACACUUGCUGCUUCUUAGUUGAAUUCAUUGCUAACAGUCUGUUGAUUUGUGUCGCUCUCUUAUAUCACUGGCGGUAGAUACCUGCGCUGACUGUCUGUGCUCGCGUGCAUUAGCAUCUCAGUGGUACGGUAACAUAUCUCCUGAAUUAAUUCACAUUAUUUGUGCAGUGCAUUAAACGGGUGCCGUGACAGCAGCUCUAAAGUGAGGAUUGUGUCUCAAUGCUGUACUGGUUUAAUCAUUUUCAUGUUGUCUGUAUCGGACAUUUCAGUUCAAAUGCUGAACCGGAUAAUCUGUAUGAUGCCUCUUGUCAGUAACUGUUAUUUUGACCUAAAUUGUUCAGAGUCCUCCAGUAGGUUUCAGUAGCAUUAAACUGGUGUUGACCAUGCUGGCCUUUUAGUUUAGCUUCUGUAAGGCAAAUGCUUUGUCUGAUUUGCUUAACUGGUCACCUGUUUUCAAAUGAUUUUUUUUGUUUUGAACAUGUGAUCUUUUACCAGUAAUAAAACAUUUGUGAAUGUA